AAGACACUCUCGGGUGGCCUUGCUGUACCUUCAGUAAUAGAAGCUAUCAGGAGUUUCCACUGCUGAUGAUGAUGACUACUACGAGGCUGUUGUACUUGGUCUUUGUUCCUCUCGUAUGCGGAAGCAGCGAUGGCCGCUUUCUGUUGCUGCAGAACAACGGGACCCGCGGCUGUGUGGACCCCACCGGACAACUCGUCAGCGAAGGAUUCAGCAUCUCAAGAACGCGUCCGUGCCAGCUCGAGACGUGCCGCAACGGCUCGUGGGACAUAGCCAGGUGCAUCGAGGACGUCGACCCGAAGUGCAAGGGGCAACUGGGAACCCGAGGGCCGGGAGCAUACCGGGACUGUUGUGCACUUGCUGUGUACUGCGCCGAACACUGAGCUUCAGCCGAUGA